AACAUCGACGACGAUGGCCACCGACUCGAGUGUGUCCUCGAUAACGUCGUCAUGCACGCUUCCGCUCGAUGCAACAAUCGUACAUAAGUACGGCAUGGAGUUCCACGCACUCUUGGCCAUGGAUGGCCCCGGUGCCAAGAAGAAGAGCAAGAUCACGGGGGUGGUAUUCCACCCUGUCCGUCCAUGGGUCGCGGCGGUCGAGUCCAAGGACUGUGGCGUUGUGUGGAACUACGAAACGAAGGAAGUGAUCAAACGCUUCACGUUGCAGAUCGGGGAGGACGUGCCCACCGCCGUCUCGGACGACACGACGGCGGUCGCGACGCCGACUGCUGUCGCGCUAACCAAGUCGAUGGCAUUGUCCACACCGUUUUCGCCCAAGCUGAGCAGCGGCAAGGCCAAAUCCUCGUCCGUGCUUAUGUUCUUCGACAGGGAGUCCAUCGCGCACGUCUCGGGGAUAUCUCGAGGCAUCGAUUGCUUUGAGGAAUGGCUCGUCAUUCUGAGCUCGCAGCAGAUUGCGUUUUGCGACAUCAACGACGCGCAGUCGAACCGUUGCAUUACACCUGACGACCUCGGCCGCGCGCUGCCAAACUCGAUCGAGGUCUUACCAGGGGGAUUCUUGGCCAUCGGUUGCAGCGACGGCAAAAUUCGCAUAUGGAGUCCUCGGCUGUGGAAGGUGUGCCACGUCAUAGACACAGGGGCUAUCAAAGAGAUCCCCCAUAUGCUCCUCGUGCCUUCAUCUUCCUCUUCGACAUCUUCGUCCCCCUCGACGGCGGCAAUGCUCCACUGCUACUUGAUAGCCGUCCAUGUAGACGGCAAGGCCAUCGUGUGGAGCAUCACGCGCGUGUCCAGUGGCGACUUUCAGCAGUCGCGCGCGUGUGAAUUCGACCUCAAAGACGCCAAUAAGCGAGGAGGAGGAGCCAUCAAUACCACUGCCAACGUGGAUGUGACAACGUGUGGGUAUUACGAGCUCAAGCUGCUCUUGCAAGACAGUUUCUUGACGGCCGUGUCCAAGGAUGGGAAUGUACUUGUAUGGGAUAUGUCGUUUCUUUGGUCCACGACCCCAACCAAAGAACCAAGAGUCACGUUUGUGGGCCUAUUCCACACAUUGACACCGUCUACAAAGCCCCUGCAUGGCACGUUGCUGCUUGGAUCGAGCAGACACAGCUACGUGUAUCUGUCGACCUGUCACACAUCCAUGCUCAACGUAUCCGAGCUGCACAAGGGCAAAGCCACCCAAGACCUCGAGAUUGCCGCACACCGUGUGGACUUGGUCAAAGACGUCCGCACAUUGCACUCGAAAAUCUCAAAAAAGAUCAAACUCAUCUCGGUGUCGCAAAGCCCUCGGUGUGCCACCUUGCUUGUCGCGGCCACGAAUUAUGGCCUGCUGCUGUUCCACUUGCACGCGUACACUCCCCGCCAGUCGAUGACAUUUCUACCAAGCUUGGCCUCGAUUGUGCUCAAUACCCCCACGCAUCUCCGGUCCGUGCCGCUAGGAGAUAAGGGAAAGAAGGAGCUUUAUGCGUUGAAAUACCCCAACAAGGACUCUGUGGGGCUCUCAAUCAAGCACCCGUCAGCCAAGUACUACGUGGCGGUCGUAACUGGGUCUCAUUACGAGAUCGUCCAUAUGGAUGCCACUGGGUCCUGCCACACGAUCGCUUCGGGACCGGGGGUUGGUGUGGCGUGGCACAGCAAGCUGCUCCGAUUUGCCGUGUUGGUCCCAGACGAAGAUGACGUGGCAAAACGAGGUCGCCCGGCCGCCAUGUCCACCGACAGCCCCCGUAAAAAGCUCGGGGUCUUCUUUGGAAAGGCCGACGAGGUGCCGGCGGCAACGGCGGGCGGUCCCGCGCUACCGCCCUUUUUCAAGCAUGACGUGGACCUGCGACCGCAUGCGCUUGCGGUGUAUGACGUGGACGCGUCCACUGGCAACUGCACUCGACUGGUGGACAAACUCACAUCUGGGCAGCCCCGCCAUUGGAUCGUCCAUGCCUUCACCGGUCCGUUGCUCGGCCUUGUGCGCUGCGUGAUGCCAGAUGACGGAGCUCUCAAACCCUCUAAAGCCACCACGAUGUCGACAGUGUCCGACAGCACAUCUAUCGUCACGGGGUCGUCCAUCACGACGGGGGAAGCCACCACGGGGGGCAUGCACAUGACGCUCGAGUUCUACGAAUGGGGGGGAGCUGAAGAUAUCGCUGGGAAAUCGUCAGUGUCAACGGCGCUCCACAAGGUCGGGCCUGUAUUGGGCGGCCCGCUGCUUGUAGAAUGGGAACACUCUGGCAAGUACGCGGUGCUGGUGUACCCAACCAAGUGCCACGUCAUCAAGUGGGAAGGUCACUCGUCCAAGCUGCUUCCAUUGCAUGAGAUCUCCACCCCGCGACCUGUGCAGUCAGUCUUGUGGGUACAUCACGCCCUCUUUACGGCCACCGAGGACGAGAUCAAGUGUUAUUUCAUCUGUGGCAGCCGCACGUUUUCGUUUGUGAUUGCAAGUACGACCUCCUGCUUUGACGGCCAAGAAGAGAUGGACCAUACCGUCAACUUGGCCGACUUCCCCGCGGCACAGCGGCACCCUGGAGGUCCGUUUAUGCUCCUGGGGGUGUUCCAAGAGAAAUUGCUUUGUGGUGGAAUCAUGCAUCAGAGCAUGUACUCUGUCACAUUAAAGCACCCGGUGCUCCAGUUUUGCAUGUUUGUGGCCCAAGGCGUGCCCAAGCGAGCGCUGGAGGUUGUCCCAAUGAUCUCGGCGGACCUUUUGGAUUGGAUGGCGACUUUCCUCGAGGCGUUUGGGUUUGCCGCAGACGCGUUGGACGUCCCCGGCACGUCGUCGCAUGUAAAAGCGAGCAUUUGCAUCAAGCACAUGCUCGUGCACACGUUAGCAGACAUGCUGCCAUCGUUGGUGGCCAGUGUUGCUACCGAUAGCGCCGAUAUGAUGGGCACGUCGUUAAUCCAACGCGCAUGUGCUGCGUUGUGUCGCGGCGGUCAGGAGGCGGCGGUGGCGGCGCUGCUUCCAACGUGCAUGCAAAUGAACAAGUGGAACGAUGCCCUGGUCAUGGCCAUGCUGGUCCAGGACAGGGCGACCAUGGCGCAAGUGCUGGCGUCCAAGGAAGAACUGAGCCAUGCGCUGCACACGUCCAACAAGAAUGCCGACGUCGAAGCGCAGUGGAACCAACAGAUGGACGCGCAUGGACAGAUCCGCCCCGCGCGGUUUGCCGGCACGUGGAUGCAACGUUAGUUUAGAUAUGACGACCUUGCCGAUGCAGCUACAUACAUGCAGUAACAACUAACCACAGCUACGACUAGUAGUACUAUCGUUACCA